CAUGCAAUGCGCAACAAUCACUUCAAAGUUACCUCUUGCUACUUUACUGAUGCGAAGUGCUAUCGUUCAGACGCAUACGUGCUUGACAAGUAUUGCAGGCGUACAACGGUCGACUUCAACUCUCGAUGGCGAUGAGUAGCAAUCGAGCUUCCGGCUCGUGGUUUAACGCGUAAUAUUAUUGGUACUGAAGAUAUAGUCAUCGAGAAAGCUUGCACAAACCAUUUUUUUUGUAAUUAACAUAUAAAAUAAUUUAUAUAUAACCUCUAAAUUAUUUAAGAUCCAAGUACUUAUAUCUCUUUUAGUGUUAAACGUGCUAAUUUUUCCUAAUCUAAUCUGAUGUUACAUGAAGACGAAGCUUCUCAACAAUCUGAUAAUAUCAUCUCCAACCCUUGUGCUAUCUUUACCUACGUGGACAGUGCGUGCAUAUAAGCGACUCCACAUUUAGUUAUUGGAAGAUUUUGUUUCCGGAGAACUUUUAGAUGGUUUUGCACAUGAAUGCGCAGUAUUCCAACAUGACGAGCUAUUCCGCGAAAUGUAAAUCGGGACUAUUAUCUGUUAGUCAAUGAAUCCCACGUAGUUUCAACGCAGGAAGAAACAAAGUUAAAUGCAGUUUUUCUCUCGAUGAACUUUUAUGACAGAUGGAAAACGCAAUGCUGAAAGCUGGAGGAAAUCGGUCUCGACUUCGCAGUCGCGCUUGCAAAUUUCAUUACAUUCGAUUUUUCUACUUCCCGUAACUCUGAGUCCUUGCUGCACGCAAGCGUGGCAAGAGUUUACUUCUGACAUCAUCCAUUUCUCCAACGAUCAGUCGUGGUUCAGCUUUCACCCACUACUCGCUAGUAGAACGCUCCGCGAUCAAUCUCGAGGGCAAGUUCUCGUCGAGUGAUCCUCGAAAAUGCAGAAGGUACAGCCUCCUAACGAGUACUAUCUGCAGGACCUCAAGUACGCGAGUACGUUCCUUCCGAAUAUCUUGAACGCGCUCGGUAUCUGGCUGUCACUCGGCAAACGGAAAUCCAUUUGUAAAAGGCUCGUCGACUUCUUCUUCAUUUUCCUAUCGUUUGGCCUGAUAUUCGCCGUCCUAAUACCCGGUAGCCUCUUCUGGGUGUUCAAGGGAAACGCGCGCACUCGUCUGCGGAUGUCCACAUUUACCAUGUAUGUGAUCGGAACCAUCGGCAAAUACAGCAUUCUGAUACUUGGCCAGGAUCGGAUUAGGCGCUGUUGGAAAUACAUCGAGGAGGAUUGGCGGAAUGUCGCCAAGGCGGACGCACGGAACAUGAUCCUCGAGUGCGCAGGAGUCGGCAGACGUCUCGCUGCGAUCUGUGGAUGGUUCUAUUUCUGCAGCGGACUGGCCGGUCGCUUGCUCCCGUUGUUGUACUGGGGAAAAAUUGUUGAUCAGAACAAUGUCACGGUCAAACUGCUACCCAAUCCGGCCUACCUGUUCUCCUUGAAUAUGCAAGCCACCCCCGUCUAUGAGAUAAUGUACUCGGUGCAAGGAGCGUACGGUCUCGUUACUGUAUCAAUCACCGCAAGUGCACCCGGUCUUAUCAUCGUCUUCGUGAUGCACGCUUGCGGUCAGUUGAAGAUUUUAAUGAACUUGAUGAGAGAGUUCAUUGAAGAACAGCGACAGAAGGAAAUGGAUAAAAAGCUGGCCAAUAUAGUGGAGCAUCAGAUCAAAAUACGGAGUUUUUUGGAAUUGGUGGAGCAUGCAAUGCAUCAAAUAAGUUUCAUAGAAAUAUCGGCAUGUAUUGGGUCGUCCGGAAAGUUCGUGCCGAUUUUUAAUAGAUGGCGUUGGAACAUGUCUGAAUAUUGUAUUACAUUUUUACAGGAAUGGAAUAAUAGUAAUUCUAUGGUAAUGAUUCCUUACACUAUUGUAUGUAGUUCUGCAAUAAUAAGUAUGUUUAUAGUUUGUUACACAGGCAAUCAACUUAUCCUGCAGGCGAAGACAGCGCUUAUGACUUGCGAACUUGAGUGGUAUCGUCUUUCAGACCUAAAGGCACGCCAAAUGGUGCUGCUAAUGAUCAUGUCUAACAAACCGAUCAAGAUCACCGCUGGAAAGGUCUUGGAUCUCUCAUUAAAAACAUUUGGUAACAUUAUAAAAGCCUCCUUGGCGUAUCUUAAUAUGCUUCGGAAUGUAAUUGGCUAAGUCUUUCUGUUCUGUUCAAUGAAGUUUAUGAAAUCUACGCCACACAUAUUAGUAACACCUUGUACUGUAUACAUAACAAAAAUAUUUAAAAUACAGAUAGUUGUCGCUA